AUGAUGGACACUGAGGUACGCUGUCUUGGAAACAUAGAAAAUACACAGAAAAUUAACGGGAACCAGGAUGGUCAGUUCUUCAUAAAGAACCUGGCACAAUUUGUUCGCACACAUGAAAAAGCUCUCGCUAAUGCUUUACAACUUAAACGUCAACAGACUCCUAAACAUGGAGCAUCUUUAGGCGGAUCUAGCUCGGCAGGUAGUGGUGCGCCGGCUCGUUCACCAACGACAACAAGCCAACCGGUCUCAGCACUAUCUCCGACAACUUCGAGCACCCUCGCUGCCGCCCUAUCAUUACCCUCUUUAACUUUUGCAUGCCACAGCAUGAAACCUGCAAAGCUGGCCUUAACACCACAUCACCUAUUUUAUCUUCUAUCUAGAUUUGAAGAGCUCGGCAUCGCCGUCGGCCCUAUGAAUGUUCGACUGGAAAACCUUCAUUCAGACACCUCUGCUACAAAUUAUGUGUCUUUUGGAAAUCAAGCUCAGCGCCCCCGUAGCGGCCCUGGCUCGGAUCAUGGAUCGGUACAUUCAGUUUCUAGUGUACGAAGCGUCAUGUCUGGCAUGACUUCUCUCUGGACUAAUUUCGGUCUUGGAUCAACAGGCGCUGCUACACGGAACGAAAAACAAAAACUAGCUACCGAAGUUGACCUGAAAUACUUAUAUGCAUCGUUUACUAAAAUUCCAUGUUUACGAUUGGCUCCAGAUCGGAGAGCUCGACUAAUUAAGGGUUACGAAGAGUUUCCAUUCGACACAGCUGUACCUCUAUUAGCUUUCAAAAACAUCAGUGCCCUAGAAAUAAGCGAUAUUGAUAUACGACAAUUCUUCGGCUGGGAUAAGAUUUCAGAGCAACUAAGAUCUUUAACUAUUAAACGAGCAGGAGUGGAACUUGAGGACCUAAUAAUUAAUAUUGUGCUAGACGAUAUGGACAAGCGGCGCCGUCGCUCUGCUAGAACACCCAUUUCCCCAACUGCUGGAACAAGCCCACGAAGAAGCCCCACGAUAUCUCCUGUCGAGCCAGGAGAUUUCAAAUACGAGCCAGGCUCACCAAGUGAACAAGGAUUUAUCGAAAUAGGGGCUCAAAAUAGACGCGAGUCGAUAAUCCGCCCACAGUCAAUAGGAAGUACGAAUCAUUUGAACGGUCGUCCAAGAAGUUAUUCCCCCAUCCGACCUUCCAGCUCUAGGACUGGCUAUAUUUCUGGAAAUCAAUAUAUCAAAACUCCGCAUAAAGUCAAAAGGUCUGGUUCGGGAAGCUCCCAGUCCAGUAUAUCUGACAGUUGGUACAAUUCUCACAACUGCCCCCCCAACCUUGUCUCAACAAAUAUUCUACCCGUUUCCAAGUGGAGGUUCUUGAAGCAUUUAAGCCUUGCAGACAACGGUAUAACGUCAAUAUCUGCCUCUAGUAUCCUACCGUUAACUGACACCCUGCAUUCACUUGACUUGUCAUCAAACCAUCUCACAGAAAUCCCGGAGUGCUUGGCAACUUUGACAGCUCUUCGCGCUCUUAAUCUCUCCAACUGUAUGAUUAAUUCACUGCACUCACUCGGCAAGAGCCCUCUCCUAGCAGUUACUGCUCUAAAUCUUCGUUCCAACCGACUAAAUUCGCUUGCCGGAAUUGAGUACCUUCAUCCUUUAGAAAGGCUAGACCUACGUGAUAAUAGAUUGGUCGACCCAACCGAACUUGCAAGACUCACAGGAAUAUUGGAUCUCCGCGAAGUAUGGGUUUUAGGUAAUCCGUUCACAAGAACUCACAGUACUACCUACAGAGUAACCAUUUUCAACAUUUUUCGGCAAGUUCCAGGGUACACGGAAGAUAUAAUUAUCGACACCUAUGCGCCGGGAUACUCUGAGCGACGACAGCUUCUAGAGCGUGUGACUGGGAAACCAGCCGUCCCAGUAAUAAAGUCUCCUAAAUAUAUCCCGAAAACGACACAAAUUAAUAAACCAAGCAUAGAGUUCCAAACUGAUAUCAAACCGGGAGUCCUUCGUAAAGAGCGCUCAUCCCAAAAUAUAGGUGUCACUGAAGUUCAACUAUGCAACUCCAGAAACAAGAAAGUAUUAAAACGAAGGAUUAUUGACCUCUCCGCACUGAAUCCAACUAGCUCCGGGUCCACGGCCCACUUUUCUUUGGAAACUCCUCAGGCUUCUCACAAUAUAACGAAGAGCGUCGGAUACGAUAUCAGUAGCCCCGAAUCCUCUCCGCGAUCAGUCUCGCCUUAUGCAUCUCUUGACUGUUCAAAUAUUCGUAGCAACAAGGAUGCCAAAAAAAUAAGCCCAGCUCUGACUUCUCACCUUUCUGCCCGAGAAUCUCCAUCAACUGACACCAAAUGCAUCAUACCUGAGAGCCAAAAGGAGAUAAUAGAUUGGAAAACUAGCGGAGAUGUGUAUCGAAAGAAACUGGAAGUUAUCCGGAAUGAGGUUGGAAACGGAUGGCUUACUACACUAAGCGAAGACCAUUGGGAUACACCUAAACCUCCGGAAUCAUUUAGAGGAGCAGAAUUUAGCAAACAGACAAUAAUACACUGA